ACCGCCGCCGCCGCCGCCGCAACCAUGGUCUCCAAGCCCGACCAGCUGCUCAUCGUCGUCUCCAUCCUCGAAGGUCGCCAUUUCCCCAAACGUCCAAAGCAUAUGCUUGUGGUGGAAGCAAAGUUUGAUGGAGAGCAGUUGGCUACUGACCCCGUUGACCACACUGACCAGCCUGAGUUUGCUACUGAGUUAGCCUGGGAGAUCGACAGGAAGGUUCUUCAUCAGCACAGGUUACAGCGAACUCCUAUCAAACUCCAGUGUUUUGCCUUGGAUCCUCUAUCUUCUGCCAAGGAAACCAUAGGCUACAUUGUUUUGGACUUAAGAACGGCUCAAGAAACAAAGCAGGCACCCAAGUGGUACCAGUUGCUGAGCAACAAAUACACCAAAUUCAAGUCUGAGAUACAGAUAAGUAUCACUUUGGAAACAGACACAAAGGCACAGGUGGAGAGUUUUAAAGCAAAAGGAGCCCCGCCUCGGGAUGGAAAAGUCCCUGCCAGCCUGCCUGGAGAGGACCUGCGGGGCAUUGUUGCGGUGUUGAAUGAAGAGGGAGGCUACCAUCAGAUCGGGCCAGCCGAGCACUGUACUGACCCCUUUAUUUUGUCAGUGACCAUAGCAUUUGCUACCCAGUUGGAACAGUUAAUUCCAUGUACCAUGAAGCUUCCAGAAAGGCAGCCUGAGUUUUUUUUUUACUAUUCAUUACUGGGAAAUGAUGUUACAAAUGAGCCUUUCAAUGACUUGAUCAACCCAAACUUUGAGCCCGAGAGAGCAUCUGUUCACAUUCGCAGCAAUGUGGAGAUACUUCGUGCAUACCUGGCUCUUCAUUCUAGGCUGCAGAUCCAUCUCUGCUGUGGAGACCAGUCACUUGGCAGCACCGAAAUACCUUUAAAUGGAUUACUGAAGAAGGGCAGUACAGAAAUUAACAAGCAUCCAGUCACAGUUGAGGGAGCUUUUACCCUUGACCCGCCAAACCGAGCCAAGCAGAAGCUUGCACCUGUUCCUCUGGAGCUAGCCCCGACUGUAGGAGUGUCAGUGGCUCUGCAGAGAGAAGACAUCAAUUCCCAGUCUUUAAUUGAAUUAAAGACCCAGAACGGACAUGAGCCUGAGCAUUCAAAGAAGAGAGUUUUAACCCCCAUAAAGGAGAAGACACUCAUGGAGCCAGAGUCACCAGGGGUGUCCCCUGCCCCGCCUCAAAACCAGACACCGCCAACCAAAGAUGAUGCAACCGAAAGUGAAGUAGAGAGCUUGCAGUAUGACAAGGACCCCAAACCCAGUGCAAAGGGCAUUAGUUCCGUACCUGCUUCACUGGUCCAGCCUGGGGCAGCUGCCAGUGUGUCUGAAGUGGUGACAUCAGGACAGAAGAUUGCUGUUCCAGCAACAGCACAUCACUUUUGCUUUUCCAUAGACUUGAGAAGCAUCCAUGGCUUGGAAAUUAGUUUUCCAGUCAACUGUAUAUUGAGGUACUCCUACCCAUUCUUUGGCAGCGCAGCCCCGAUUAUGACCAACCCUCCUGUAGAAGUUCGGAAAAACAUGGAAGUUUUUCUCCCUCAGUCCUAUUGUGCAUUUGAUUUUGCAACGAUGCCCCACCAACUGCAAGACACCUUCCUACGGAUCCCACUGCUGGUUGAAUUAUGGCACAAGGAUAAAAUGAGUAAAGACUUACUCCUUGGGAUUGCAAGAAUCCAGCUUUCGAACAUCUUGUCUUCAGAGAAGUCCCGGUUUCUAGGCGCUAACGGUGAGCAGUGUUGGCGGCAGACUUACAGCGACAGUGUGCCUGUCAUGGCAGCCCAGGGGUCAAAUAACAGGAUAGUAGAUCUUUCUUACACGGUGACUCUGGAAGACUAUGGACUAGUGAAAAUGCGUGAGAUCUUUGUAUCUGAAUCAUCUCAGGCUUUGUCUGCUGUGCAGCAGAGGCUGCCUUCCCCUCCUCCAGCUCCUUGUCCUUCUGAGGUCCAGGUGGAGCCUCGUGAGACCCUAGAAUAUAAGGCUGCUCUCGAGCUCGAGAUGUGGAAAGAGAUGCAGGAAGACAUAUUUGAAAAUCAGCUGAAGCAGAAAGAACUGGCUCACAUGGAAGCUCUUGCAGAAGAAUGGAAAAAAAGGGACCGGGAGAGAGAGUCACUAGUGAAGAAAAAGGUAGCUGAAUACAGUAUUCUAGAAGGCAGACUGCAAAAAGCGCUAACUGAGCUAGAGAGCCGAGAGCAGCAGCUUGCCAGCGCGGAAACAGAGCUUCAAAGAGAGAGAAAGGAAGUGCAGUUAGAGCGAGAGCGGAACCUUCAAGAACUUCAGGACUCUGUCCGCAGGGCCAAAGACGACUGUGUCCACCAAGUGGAGCUGGAGCGGCUGAAGCUGAGGCAGCUGGAAGAGGACAAGCACCGACUUCAGCAGCAGCUUAAUGAUGCUGAAAAUAAGUAUAAGGGUUUGGAAAAAGAGUUCCAGCAGUUCAAGGAGCAACAAAGCAGCAAACCAGAAAUACGGCUGCAGUCAGAAAUAAACCUGCUCACCUUGGAAAAGGUUGAACUUGAAAGAAAGUUGGAAUCUGCAACCAAGUCUAAGCUGCAUUACAAGCAGCAGUGGGGCCGAGCCUUGAAAGAACUUGCCCGACUCAAGCAGAGGGAGCAAGAAAGUCAAAUGGCUCGACUUAAAAAACAGCAAGAGGAGUUGGAACAGAUGAGGCUGCGAUACAUGGCUGCCGAGGAGAAGGACACAGUGAGAACUGAGCAACAGGAAUUGCUGGAUAUAAGGAACGAACUGAACAGGUUAAGGCAACAAGAACAGAAACAGUACGAGGACCGCAAAGAGAUUGCUAGUGGGAAACAGGGCAGCCCUUGGAGCUCUGCGCUGGAAGAAGGCCUGGAUGACUACCUGACACGGCUGAUAGAAGAAAGGGACACUUUGAUGAGAACGGGGGUUUACAACCAUGAAGACCGGAUAAUAAGUGAACUCGACCGGCAGAUCAGAGAGGUUUUGGCAAAAAACAGUGCCAGUAACUAAUAACAUUUGGGAAAUCUUUCCAGGUACCCUAGAUCUGGAUUUUACUUUUUUGUGUGAAAUCCUCAAAAGCAAGGAAAAUGGCUAUUUUGGAAUGCUCUUUUUAAUUUUUUAUAAGCUGAAUUUUAUAUGUUACUGUAUAUAGUAUUUAUUUGAUUAUACUUUUGCUACCUCUUAUGCUGGUUUCAUUUGUAAUUGUAUUUUUUAUGCUCAUUUAAAACGACUUUUCGGUGUUCCUUGGUUUAAAA